GUAGCUAAAGCAGCUGAGGCUCUUAUUUCGAAGCACCCCUGCCUCACAGAACCAGGAAGUCAAUGUGGAUGGUAUGGCUGGAAGACAAGUUUAAAGUUUAAAAUGGGCAACUUUCGCACAAAACUCAGCAGAUCUGGCUGUGAAGAGGUGGCUGUUAACUCGGGGAAGAGAAGCCAAAAUAAUCCAGAGAGGGAGUCUCCCCACUCCAACAUCAAAAGAGCUCGUCGAGCUGAGGUAAACUACCUACCAAAUUUUCCAAAAGGAGAGAGUGCUGAAAGCUUGGAACAACAAAGAUUGCAAAUAGUUGAGGAAAUGUCUAAGACAGAAAGAAGUCUUGGGCUGAUAGAGAGACUCAUGCAAAGUACAUUUGCUCUGCGUCGCAAACAGAUCAUUGUAGAUAACCCAUCACAACCAGUGAAGGACUUUUUGGAAAAGUGGCCUGCACUUCGUUUGGAAUCUCAGAUUGCUGCAGAAUUCCACAGAAUUACUAAUAUCAGCUUGAAAAACAAGUUCUAUGCAGAGCUGGACAACCAUACUCCUCGACUGAUUGCUGUUUACAGGCAGAAGGCUGCCCGUACAGGCAAGGCAGCAGAAGCACUGAGAAGCAUCUGUAGUGCCUAUGAUCUUACGGAUCACUACGAUAUUAACAACAGACGUACAGCUGCACUUCGAGCCCUCCCUGUCUACUUGCGCGAAGAUGACUCUGUGUUUUUCAAGAUGUGGAAUACUGAAGAGGUGGAUGAGCCAGACAUUGCAGAUUCAGCUGUAGCUCUUGUCACUAUGGUGAAUGGAGACUCGAGUUCCACUGUUCAGUUUUACCCUGCUGGGAUCGCUAUUGUGCUGGAAGGUCACAUUGUUCUAAGGGACAUUUCCAGAGAUGUGGAUUCAGACGGCAAUUAA